AUGUCCCAUUUAUUAGUGUACGAUUUCAUGGAGCACGAUCUAGCAAAUGUGCUGAUCGUGGUCAAACCUUCGACCAAAAGUCUUGUAUUCGUUUCGCUGUCAGGAACGAAACCAAAACUAUUAGGCGAUGCUAAGAAAUUUGUAUCCAAAGUGAACUCCUUGUCAAAGAAUAAAGGAUCUAUUUAUACCUUAAAGAAUAAAUCCAUCUUAAAAUCAGACGAUGUGGCAUGGUUAGAACAGUUGAGCUUUGAUUUUUUACAGAUACUGGCUGGUGGUAUUGACUCUCAAACGAACAUCAAAUGUGAGUAUCUCCUUGGAACAGAAUUUCAAAAAAAGGUUUGGGAGACUACAAAGACUAUCAAGGCCGGUGCUACGAUUUCUUAUCAGCAAUUAGCCGUUCUGCUAGGGAAUCCAAAAGCUGUGAGAGCCAUUGGUUCUGCUCUAGCGAAAAACAACAUUGCUGUCGUGAUUCCGUGCCAUAGAAUCAUCGGUUCUAAGGGUAAACUGACAGGAUUCAGAUGGGGAAUUGAACUAAAAGAAUCACUACUAAGGCAGGAACAAGCAAUUUAG